UGCACAGGCAAAGUCAGUGAGUGAGCUGUGAGCAACGACGAAGAUGAAGAGAAGCAGUAUUCCUAGCAUCCUGCUGAUGCUUUCACUGGGGGCAGCUCUCCUCGUCGCCGACGACGUGGGCGCCAUUCUCCUGCCAAGCCAAGAUAAAGACCAAGUGGCCAUGGCGGCGCCCAGGCCGUGGAAGUGCUGCGACGUGACCAUCUGCACCAGGUCGAUCCCGCCGACGUGCAGCUGCCAGGACGUGGUCGACAACUGUGCUCCAACCUGCGAGGACUGCAAUGGUUAUGUACACCCACCCCGCCGUGUUUGCCUAGACCGCUACACCGGCGACCCCGGGCCUAGGUGCACGGGCGCCGGCACCGGCGGUAACUGAACUCUACGUACUACUAUACUACUCUACGCGCACCGGUUGGAUCGUCUACGGUUAUGCGAACGUACACCGUCGACGUGUGUUACUACAUGAAUGGCUACUUAUGUUGUGUGUGGUCCGGCAUGCCUAGCUGCUUGCUGUGCAUGCUGCCUGUGUGUAAUAAAAACGGGUGGCCUUUCAUCAAAAAAAUAAAACGGGUGGGGUCGGGCUACGUA